AUGGCGCCGGUGACGAGAGCAGGGGCUGCACAACAGCCUCAACCAGCCCCUAGCGGCGGCCAGGGUACUGGGCCUGCAGCCAGUCAGGAAAGUAGUCGGCAUACAUCUCCUGCAGAAUCGGUUUCUCCAGUCAGUCCAACAGGAUCUACUGGACCCGACUUCGACACGCCAACUCCACCGAUCACUGACGAGGCUACAACAGCUGCUCGAAAUGUAAAUACUCACGUUGAGGCUCCGCGAGGAUUCACAAACCGCGGCGCGCAGUGCUAUCGCAAUUGCGUGGUCAUCAUGCUACUGUCUAGCAAGAGAAUCAUGAAUUGGAUUCAGAUCAGAUACAUACCCAGACUGGUGGCUGUUGGGGUGCGAAUCGAGACCAAUGUUGAAGCAGCCAUGGGUACCAAUGACUCUCCCGGCUCGCCUACCGCCGGCCCCGCAUACACUGAUGUGUGGUGUGAGCUCGAAAAACUUGGUGAUGUCUAUUGGACAGACUCGGACCCAGCAAUGCUCAUCAUUGCCAUGCAUGCCUUUUGGGAUUAUCUCGUGGAAAAGAUCGAGGCGACGAAUAUCGACUGGAACACAGACAGCCAGCAGGACGCCACCGAGUUCUUGAGUCUACUUAACGAGAUUGCCGAAGGAGAGUUGAAGGCUAUAUGCCAAACUCUUGAGCAGGAUGGACAAUUGACCGCAGACGAGAGAAAUGAAUAUGAGAAAACCAACAUCGAAGAAAUGGUCUCGAUCUCCCAGACCCUCCGGAUCCGCUGUAACUCAUGCGGUACGCUUGAUGGUCUUCCAGCCAUGACCCGGAUCCAGACAUUGAACAAGAUGGCUGUUUGGCCUCUCUCGUUCGGAAAGCUGUCAGCAAGCGUCUCGAACGCAAAGAAGCAGAAGGCCAACCCGGUCGCUCUGGAGAAGUUGGUCCGAAACGACGGUAGAGGCCAACAGGACGGCUGGCUCUGCGAUCUUUGCCGACCGUACAUCAUCGACCAAACCCACCAAAACCGCUUGAAUGCCGCAGGAAACGACGCCACAAAGAAAGCUGAAGUCGAGGAGACCAAUCGCGCCGAACUGGACGGCCUUGCUGCCAACCAGACCCUCGUUCGCAAACGGAUCUGUCAGCUCCCAGAAGUCUUGAUCCUCUCUCUGACGCGGUUCACCCAGCACACCAGCCGGGCGACCUUCUCUAAAGAUGAGACGAAAGUCGUGUUCAAUGAGGUUCUGGAUCUGGCCCCAUUCCUCGAGUAUCACGGUGACUCAAAACUCACGGGACCAGCACUGUAUAGACUCGUUGCCAUCAUUAAUCACAAGGGUACUAGGCGUGCAGGCCACUACGUCAAUCAAGUCUGUACCGACGGAAAAUGGGUCACAAUUGACAACACAGCCGUCGACCCGAUCAGUUUGGCAGAGACUCUCGCAUUGCAGGAUGACGGAUGGACCCCUUAUGUCUUGCUGUAUGAGCGGGUUGUCGAUACCGAUGAUCUGAAAGCAAUCGAAAAUGGACAACUGGCUGCCAGCAAGGACGCGAAUGACUUCGACUUCGACUUCAAGAUCACCAUGCCGGAGAUCCCGGCCGAAGGUCAGAUGUACGUGAUUGUCUCUGCAAACAUUGGCGGCGUGGAAGUCGACUUCCCCCAGUUCGUGCUGGACGAUAAACUGCCUAUCAAUCGCGACGAGGACUUUACUGCCAUCGGGCUCAAGGCGGGCGAUGCAAAGGCGACUGUUACUAUUCGAAAGCAGCCAAUGGACGCAGAACUUCAGGGCCUCCAAGUCGCGUCUAAAUCUGCUGUUGCAGCUGACAGUGCUGCCGCUACCAACGUGCCGCCGCCGCCGCCAGCGCCACUGGCGAGGCAGGACGGCAAUGCUGCAUCCCAGGGCCCCGCAAAAGAUACAGACGACAAGACGCAAUCCAAGACCAAGAGCAACAAACGUGGCCGCACGCCUUCAGGUUCUGCAUCUGAUGACCCCAAGAGAGGCCCCCCACCAGCCAAGAAGGCGCGUGUUGACGGUGCCGACGGUGCUGUCAAAGCCACUGCCGUCACCAAGCCUACCGUUAUCAAGCUUAACGCCCCCAAGCCUACCGCCACCAAGCCUACCGUUAUCAAGCUUAACGUCCCCAAGCCUACCACCGCCAAACCUGCCGCUGCCGCCGGAAAGACCACGACCAAAGGUCGCGGCGCAGCACGGGGUGGUCGAGGCGGUGGUAGAGGCGGACGCGGUGGGCGCGGUGGUCGUGGAGGUAAAGGAGGCAAACCCGCCGCCAAAGGGGCCACCAAACCCCGUACCACCAGCACCAGUCCAUUCGAGUACAGCGCGCUCCUACGACGCAAGAGACAGGCAGCAAAGGCCGACCGGGCAUUCGAGGCGCUUUUGCAGAGAUUCCUCGAGAACGAGAGCGCGGACGCGGACACGACCACCUCCACCCCUGCUCAAGUCACUCGGGGCCAGCCGCUCGAGUCUGGAGCUGAUGGAGCGCCUCGCACGCCCAAAUCGCACACUCACAGCGCCAGACGCAGAGUGACGUGGGCAGCACACGACGAUGUCGCCCGGCCUAGUCCCAUGGAUUGGGACUCUCAUACAGAGGAGUGUGGUUCUUACUAUGCUGCUCAUGAUGAUCUCGAGGGAGAGGAUACACUUGCUGAAACUGAGAGCGAGAUGGAAAUUGAUGGUGAUUCGGAUAUUGAGGAAAUGGAUCUGGAUCUGGAUCUGGAUAUAGGUAUGGAUACUGGCUCAGAGUCGGAGAUGGGAUCAGACGCCCGCGCUGCCGGUGUCAGCAACCAUCAACGUCGUCGAGGUGUCGUGAACCAUCCCAAGGCAAAGGCAAAGAAGGCUCCUUGGCCAAAAGGGUUGAGGGCGCCGUAUGUCGUGUCCAAGAGGGAGAAGUAG